AUGCCCACAGUAGCAGAGGCGGGUGGCACUGUCGCACACAGCAUGGAAUGCGACACACGGGGUGAGGGGCGAGGGGGUGCCGGUGGCGGGUGUGCCAGUGGCGGGGGUGCCGAGACAGGCGGAGGGGGCCGCGCAGCAGGGCGCGCAGGUAGUGAGGAAGCGGGAGCAGCAGGAGCAGCAGCAGCAGCAGCAGCGGCAGCAUGUGGGGCAGCAGGCGAGCCGGUGGGUGUGCGGGUGCUGCGGCGUCUGUACCCCGGCAUAGCGCCCCUCGCCCAUGUGCUCCGCCUCCCACUGCUCGCCCAGGGGGGUGACGCACCCACACCCAAAGGUGGGGCAGCAAAACGCGGAGCACAAGGGCGAGAGGUGGAGGGGAGAGCAGGAGAAGCGUGCGGAGACGAAACGGAACGAAGAUGUGUAGAGGAGGAGUGCGAGGGCGAGUGUGAAUGCACGAGAGUCAAGCGAAAGCGGCAGGUGGACACAGACGGUGCCAGCAACAACAUUGCGCGAGGGAGAGAGGGGUGGGCGGCAGGAGGAGGGGCGGAGGAGGAGGAUGAGGCGGUGGAGAGUGUGGUGAGGGAGGCGCUGGCGUGGAUGCCUGAGGAGCACUGCACUGCACUCCAUGCACUGCUGCUGCAGGGGGGAGUUGGGGGGAGGGGGCAUGAGGAGGCAGGUGGUGGCGGCGAGGAUGGCGAGCAGGGAGGGCGUGGUGGCAUGAGGUGGACGCAAGAGGAGGUAGUGACACGCGUUGUGCUGCGGCACUUCAGGCGCUCUGCUGCCCUGCCUCAAGGCUCAGGCGGGCGAGGAUCAGCGGGCAUGGCAGCGAGGCAGGGCGCAAGGGCAGCUGGGAGGGGCCGUGCGGGUAUGCAAGGGCGGCGCCAUGGGGCGGCGGAUGAGCAUGAGCGUGCUAUCCAAGGAAACGUGCUGGCAGCGGGAUUCAGGCGGGCUAUGCCCUUCACGUCGCCGCAGAGUGAGCUGCAGUGGGCCACGGCGCCGCCAUGCCUGCCUGGCCUGCAGCGCAACCACAUUCCCAUCCACUCACUCUCGCCCAUGGCGGCAACGGCAAACAACACUCUCUCCCAUCCCUCCUCCUCCUCCUCCGCCCCCAACCCACCCAAGCCUGUUGCACUUGCCACCCUGCCAGCUGCUGCUGCGUCACCUGUGACCUCGCCUCUCCCGCACAACACGGCGUGGGCCGUUGUCACGUGGCCCCCUUGGCAGCACAUGCUAAACAAGGUGCUCACCCCGCCUGCUUCACAAGGUGCUCACCCCGCCUGCUUCACAAGGUGCUCACCCCGCCUGCUUCACAAGGUGCUCACCCCGCCUGCUUCACAAGGUGCUCACCCCGCCUGCUUCACAAGGUGCUCACCCCGCCUGCUUCACAAGGUGCUCACCCCGCCUGCUUCACAAGGUGCUCACCCCGCCUGCUUCACAAGGUGCUCACCCCGCCUGCUUCACAAGGUGCUCACCCCGCCUGCUUCACAAGGUGCUCACCCCGCCUGCUUCACAAGGUGCUCACCCCGCCUGCUUCACAAGGUGCUCACCCCGCCUGCUUCACAAGGUGCUCACCCCGCCUGCUUCACAAGGUGCUCACCCCGCCUGCUUCACAAGGUGCUCACCCCGCCUGCUUCACAAGGUGCUCACCCCGCCUGCUUCACAAGGUGCUCACCCCGCCUGCUUCACAUGCUCACCCCGCCUGCUUCACAAGCAAUGGUCCACCUUCUCUCGCAUGCAUCCAUCUUUGUGCCACUUGGAGCCUCCUCAUUCGUCCAAGUGGCAGGUCCGCCUGUCUCCAGCCAUGCACUGCAAACGCGCUGCUCCACCUUCGACCGCCUGCACCCUCCUGCAUCAUCCCAGUCCCGCCCUCCAUGCCGCUCCCCUGCUCGUGGCACCGUGCGCGCCGCCCAGCCGUCAGCAGCAUGCGUGCUCUCGCGCACGCGCCAUGUGGUGGCAUGCGGGGCAGGAGGCGCUGGUGGUGGUGGGGGCCUUCGUGGUAGUGCUGCGCUGGGCGUGGUGCAGCGCAGGGGGGGAGGCAGGAGGGAUGGUGGGAGGAGAACGGACGGCGGCAGGGGUGUGCAUGUGUGGAGUGCAGGCCGGGGCGAUAUGGCGACGGGAAGGGAGGUGGCGAGGAGUACAGGGGGAGGAGAGACGGAGAAAGGGUGUGGAGGGGAAGGAAGGAUGACGGUGGGGUCGUGGGCGGGGGCAGAUGGGUCAGAGGUGGCUGGUGCAGGGGGGGGUGAGCGAGACGCAGAUCAAGCAGAGGGCGGCGGUGACAGGGAGGGGCAGGUGGGAGAUGGUUUAGCAGACGGGGUUAACAUGGGUGGAGAGAAGAAGCGAAAGAGGGGAAAGAGGAACAGGGGCGGCCGGAAGGUGCAACGGAAUGCAGGGAGAGAAGCUGCUCGUGGCAGGGGACAAGGGUGGAAAGGCAAGGGCGAUAGGGAAGGAGGGAACGGGCAGCACAGGAGAGUGGGCGCUCUGGAGGGAGGUGUGGUGGAGGAGGAGGAGGUGGAGGAGGAGGAGGAGGAGGAGGAGGAUAAGCCGCAAGGGAAGGCAGUGCUAGGGAUAGGUGCGGUGCUUGAUUGCCCCAAGCACUGCCCUCUCCCUGCCGCCGCCUCUCCAGCCCCGCUUGCUGCUACCGCACCUGCACAGGCCACUGCUGGGGACGCUGCUGCUGCCAAAGCACCGUCCAGUGUUGCUGUCGGUUCAGGCAGUGCCCGUGAGGUGGUGGCAGGAUCAGAUGGUGUGGCUGUGCCGGCUGUGCCGGUGCCGGCUGUUGCUGCUGAGGCUGUAGCAGCAGCAGCAGAGUGUGGCGGUACGAGUGAAGCGCCUUGCAAUGGUGCUGUCUCCACCGGUGAUGAUGCCAGUGCACCUGCACAUGCUGUGCUGCCAGCGGCAGUGGACGUGAAUGGCCGCCCACCCGCCAUGCAUGCUCCUGCUGCACCUGUGCACGCCACACCCAGAGCGCCACCUACACCUGAUGCACAUGCUCAUGCUCAUGCACCUGCGGCUGCGCCUGGUUGGGCGGUGGAAGGUGAAGCUGCUGCCAUGCCCACUGCGGAUGCUGCUACGGCAGCAGCUUCGGCCUUUGUCGCUGGUCUGCCCUCGCUCUUACGCGAGCACGCACCUGUUGGGGCGCUAGGUUUAGGCGGCAGGAGAAGAGCAGGGUGUGGGAGUGGGAGUGCGGCAGGGCAGAGCAUGGGGAGCCUGAGGGAGGUGCCUGUGGAGGUGCUAGUGCAGGCCACGAGCAGCCAGCAGCAGGUAGCUAACUUCACGUGGGCCGUGAUCCGUAGCAUCGUGCCUCUCCAUCUGCUGCCCCGCGGCCGAGACGAGGAGAACGCAGCAGUGUUGAAGUUGAAGGGGAGAGGGGGAACAGCAGAGGUGGGAAGGGGGGGAGAAGUGGAGGCGGGAGGGAAAAGAAGGGUAGCCGCGCUCGCCGCCGGAGCAGUUGCAGCAAGGAGGCAAGGCGGACGAGGGGUGGGCGGGCAAGCUGCCUCUAAGGCUGCACAGAAGCUACAGCAUAGCAAGGGUGGGAGAAAGGGAAACAUGCGGCGGAUGAGGCAGCUGAUAGGCCGCUUUGUUGGGCUGCACAGGUUCGACCAGUUCCCCCUGCACGCCGCCAUGCACCGCCUGCCCACUGCCUGCCUCCCCUGGUCCCCUGCAGCAAUAACCAAGGGCCGUGGGAGAGGGGGUGGUGAGAGAGAGGGUCAGCGGAGAGAAGAAGCACAGGGAGGGAGUGGAAGGAGCAAGAGGGAGGAAGAAGAGGGGAGUGGUGGAAAGCAAGGAAGUUGUGGGAUGGAUGCCGAGGAAGAGCAAGGAGUGUCGAACGAGGAGGAGACUGGCAGAGAUGAAGAGGAGAAGAGGAGGCGGGAAGAGGACGAGCAGGCAGGGCAGCCAGAGCAACUGAAGCAGGUGCAGUCAGUCGGUGAGGGGCAGCAGCAGGAGCAGGGCGGUGGUGGGAGGGUGGCAGCACGGCAUGCAGUGCAGGCACAGCAGGUGCUGAGCUGCAUGUGGGUGCAGUGGGUGCUGGCGGAGCUGGUCAUUCCCGUGCUGAGGAGCCACUUCUACAUCACGGAGAGUGAGGUGCAGCGCCACACCGUGUGCUUCUACCGCAAGCCCGUGUGGGCCCGCAUCAGGUACCUUGCACUGCAGCGCCUUGCCUCCUCCUCCACCUUCCACAAGCUCACACCUGCUGCUGCCAGGCGCCUCCUCCUCCCCCCCGCUCGCACCACCACCCCCUGCCACCGCACUGCUGCAGCCAGCCAAGGCAGCAGCUUCAAGGGCGGAGAGGCAGGGGGCGGCGGAGGGGAGGGGCGGGCGCUGGGUGUAGCGCGCGUGCGGUUUGUGCCCAAAGCGCAGUCAGUGCGUCCCAUUGUGAACCUCGGCGCCAGCAGCCACGUGUCCCUCGCCACCAGAGGAAACCGGCAGCGCAAGAAAGCGAGAGCAGGGGGACGGGAUGGGAAGGGCGCAGGUGCAUGGGAAGUAGAAGAGGGUGGGGAGGAGGUGGGGGGGAUGCAAGGGAGAGCAGAGCUGGAUGCUCAAUUCCGCUCCGCCUUUGGAGUGUUCGCUGUGCCAGGAGGGGGGGGCGAAAGAGAAGGCGGUGGGGGUAGCGUGGGGCAGGAGAGUGAGGAAAGUGGGGAUAAGGGGUGUGGGGAAGGUGGGGAUAAGGGGAGUGGGCAAGGUGAGAAUAAGGGGAGUGGGGAAGGUGGGGAUAGGGAGGGCGACGAAGAGGAUGAGGGGCAUGCGGUGGGACUUGCAGGGGCGGCAGUGGGUGCCAUGAGCAGUGGGGGCUCAACGAGGGGGGCGGUGAACGCAGGCACACAGCAGCCUAGUUGUGCUGGGCACGUGCCAGCUGCUGCUGCUGCUGCUGCUGCUGCUGCACCUGUUGCCCCUGCUGCUCCUGCUCCUGCUCCUGCUCCUGCUCCUGCUCCUGCUCCUGCUCCUGCUGCUGCUUUUGCUGCUGCUCCUGCUGCUGCUGCUGCUGCUCCUGCUGCUGCUCCUGCUGCUGCUUUUUCUGCUGCUCCUGCUGCUGCUCCUGCUGCUGCUGCUGCUCCUGCUGCUGCUCCUGCUGCUGCUGCUGCUGCUCCUGCUGCUCCUCCUCCUGCUGCUGCUGCUGCUACUGCUGCUCCUGCUGCUCCUGCUCCUGCUCCUGCUCCUGCUGCUGCUGCUGCUGCUGCUGCGGCCAUUCCCUUGGAAGGCAGGGAGAACGAGAUCGCUUGUGCCACUGAUUCCUGUGGCUCCUCAGCUGCUCCACCUGCUGCUGCUGCUCUUUCUGGUGACCCGGAGAUGAAGAGCACUGGGGAGGUGAAGAAGGACAGUGGUGUUAAGGGACCAGACAACUCAGAGGCAGAUGAGUCCUCUCAAGAAAGCAGGUGUGCCGUGGGGGAGAUGGCCGAAGCACCUCAGUGCUCGUGCCGGGCCAUUCAGCCGCAGAAUGGGAACCAGAUGAACAGCGAGCAGCAGAAGAAUGAGGGUCAUGAGCAGAAUGCAUCGGUUCGGCCUGAAGAGCAAGACCGAAGCCCCGGCCCCGGCGUUGCGCAAGCGCAAGGGGGUGGAUGGGAGACUGCUCUGCCUCCGCCCGCGCCCUGCCUGCACUGCUUCACUAUGCGCCCCACUGGCCCGCGUGUAGCAGCCCAUUUCUGGGAACUCUCCCGCAAGAGCAAGCCAGAGGGGGAACGACUGAGAGGUGGCUGGAAGAGAAGAGGUGGGGAAGGAGACAGGGAGCAGAGAGAACCAAAUCACGUGGUUGCUGCUGCUGCUGCUGCUGCUGCUGCUGCUGCUGCUGCUGCUGCUGCUGCUGCUGCUGCUGGUGUUUCUGCUCCUGCCAAUACUGCUCCGGAUGUUGCAGGUGCCAUUGGAACUACCAAUGCUGCUGCUGGCCGUGCUGAUGCCACAACAACCAGGGAAGCAACCGCAGCCCCCUCGCAAUCGCACGCGGCCGCACAGCAACACACACAGCAGCUGCUGCAGCGGUUCUCCACGUCCUUCCCAGGCCUUCUGUCGGAGGUGCCUCGCAGUGUGCCCGGGGUCCCUCGAAUCUUCCUUGAGGCACUGCGGAGGCGCAAUGAGCUCGUGGUGGGGGCGUGUGAGGCCAUAGGGAGGCGGCAGUCACAGGCCAGCGUUGCCACGCACCCUCCAGCAGGCGGAAACUGCAUGCCUGCAGAGGCUACAGCAGCCAUGGGCCCUCUAGAGCAGGGCAAGGCAGCAGACGGCGAGGCAGAAGGGGAGGAUUCAGAAUCAGAGGGUUUUUUCGGGUCCGUGCUGAGAACCGUUCGGCAGGAGAACAGACUCGCUGCCGCUGCUGCCAAGGCCUUGAGGGCCCGUGCACGGCCAGCUGCCCAGGUGCCUCCACAGCAGAGGGACCCCCGCAGAGCAGCCCCAGGGGGUGAUGAAGAGGAGCAGACUGGGCAGGUGGCUGUGGGCGGUGGCGCUGCAGGCGGUGGUGCUGUGGGCGGUGGUGCUGGCGGGCCUGGGAGGUCUGGGUUGCGACGGCGCGAGAAGAGGAAAGUUGUCGAGGAUGAGUGUGGGCCGCGGGGUGAGCGCGUGGGGAGAAGGGUGGUAGGAGCGAGUGAGGGAGAGAGAAAGAGAGGGAGAGAGGGGCAAGUUGCUCAAGAUGUGUGUGACGCUGUGGAAGGUGGUAGAGAGGGGGGAGGACGGAGAGGUGGCUUGAAGAGAAGAGGUGGGGAAGGAGACAGGGAGCAGAGAGAACCAAAUCACGUGGUUGCUGCUGCUCCUGCUGCUGCUGCUGCUGCUGCUGCUGCUGCUGUUUCCUCACCAGCAAGUAGCAGUACUGCUCCUCCUGCCAAUACUGCUCCGAACGUUGCAGGUGCCAUUGGAACAACCAAUGCUGCUGCUGGCCGUGCUGAUGCUACAACAACCAGGGAAGAAACCGCAGCCCCCUCACAAUCGCACGUGCCCCCUCAGCAGCACACGCAGCAGAUGCUCCAGCAGCUCUCCACGUCCUUCCCAGGCCUUCUGUCGGAGGUGCCUCGCAGUGUGCCCGGGGUUCCAAGGAUCUUCCUCGAGGCACUGCGGAGGCGCAAUGAGCUCGUGGUGGGUGCGUGUGAGGCCAUAGGGAGGCGACAGUCACAGCCCAGCCGUGCCACGCACCCUCGAGCAGACGCGGAGGCAGCAGAGGAAUCGGAAUCAGAAUCAGAGGGCUUUUUUGGGUCCGUGCUGAGAACGGUUCGGCAGGAGAACAGACUCGCUGCCGCUGCUGCCAAGGCUUCAAGGGCCUGUGCAAGGCUGGCUGCCCAGGUGCCCCAACAGCACCGGGACCCCCGCAGAGCACCCCCAGGGGUUGAUGAAGAGGAGCAGGUUGGGCAGGUGGCUGUGGGCGGUGGUGCUGUGGGUGGCACAGGCACCCCAUGUGCCACUCAGCAGCACGUGCCGGCCAUCAUCUCAGGAGCUGCCCGCACCCGGCCGUACAACUUCAAGCCGAGGCCAUUCGUCCGGAUAUCUCCUCUUGGACGCAGCACUGGCACGCCUCUAGCUCCUCGUACUGCAGCAACUUCUCCUGCCAGCCCUGCUGACACUCACACCCCAGGGGCUGCUGCUGCUGCUGCUGCCGUGUGCGCGCCUCCUCCUCCUCCUGCGCUGCCGGAUCGCCCGCUUCACUGCCCUCCUCUGCCCCCUUCUCGCAUCCCCCGGCCCGUAUCGGCUGCCCUUCCUGACUCCUGCACGCCUAUUCCUGAUCCCAAGCAGCCCACACUGACAAGUCAUCGGCAGGCGGCGGCGCAGCAGGUUGGGAAGGCAGGGGAGCAGGAGGAGGAUAUUUUUGGGGCUCCUAAAAAAACGAAGGCGGGGGAGCAGGAGGACGGCAAGCGGAGACCGGUGCAGGCAAUGAGGAGGCGGCAGAUAGUGCGGUUUGGGCCGAUCAACAGUGGUUUGAGGAGCAUCCACUCGUGCCUGCAGGCGGAGAGCAGGCGUGGGUGGCAUGGCAAGGGGGGGCACCAUGACAGGGCUGCCCAGGCUGCUGCAUGCUGCCAUGGCGCUGAGGCAUGUGGUGGUGGUGGUGGUGGUGGUGAUGUCAUGGCAUGUGAGGGGCUUGUGGGUGGAGUGGUUCCAGGCGAAGGUGGUGGUGGUGGUGCCACUGCCACUGCCAGUCAGUAUGACAGGGCGGUGCAGAGGAGUGGGGAUGGGGCGAGGGAUGAGCAGAGGAGUCAAGCACAGGGGGGGGAUGAGCAGUGCGGUGGGGAAGGAGAAGAGCAAGAGGAGCUGCGGAGAGGGGAGGGAGAGGAUAGUAGCAGGGAGGAGGGGAGCAGAAAGAGGAGGAAGGAGAGUGGGCGCGGGGGCAAAGGAAAGAGGAUCCGCGGCAGUGGCGAGGAGGAUGGUGCUGCGAGUGGUACGGGGAUAGGGAGGAACACUGAAGGGGUGGUGGUGAGUGAAGGGAAGGAGGAGGGUAAGGAGGGUAGGAGCAGCGAGGAGGACAAUCACCUUGGGGUCGAGGGGAGAGCAAUGGGGGGUGCGGAAGAAAAGCUGGGAAGUGGGGUGCGAGGGUGCGUAGGGGAGGCGAGGCAGUGCAGGGAGGGCAGGCUGGGAGCGUCUGUGUUUGGAUACAGUGAUGCGUAUGGGCGCUACCGUGCCUAUGUCCUUCGCUUGAGAGCCCGCCUGCCUGCCAUGCCCUGCCCCACCGCGCCCCACACUGCCUGCUGCGCCCCGGAGCAGCGACAGGGGGAGGGGCAGGCGGGGACGUGCGAGGGGAAGCAGCAGGAGGAAUUGUUCAAUCAGCAGCAGUGUGACUGGUGGCGUGGGGGAGUGACACGUGUACCCCCUGUGUUCAUGGCAGUGUGUGAUGUGGCGCAAGCGUAUGACACGAUUCCGCACGCCAAGCUCUUGGACGUCAUGCAGGAGUUUGUUGAAACGCCAGCCUACAUUGCGGGCCAAUCAGGGGCUUGCAUUGUGGAGGAUAAGGGCCUCACUUCCCUGUGGCAUCGCGACCACAUUCUGCAGCUGCUGCGGCGCCACAUCAGCUGCCAUGUCAUCCGGGCCGGGCGGCAGUUCUUUUUGCAGCGAACGGGAAUCCCCCAGGGCUCUGUGCUGUCUGCGCUGCUGUGCUCCCUCUUCUACGCUCACCUGGACCGGCACGUGCUCCUCCCCACUCUCACACCACUUGCCCUGGGCGCUCCUUUGCCACCAGAGGGUGGGGGAGAGGGCAGGGGUGCAGGGCAGGGCGGGGUUGAGUGGGGGGAACACAGGGGGGACGGGGGCGAGGAGGGGGCGGGUGAAGGAGAGUGUGAGAGGUGCAAGGGGAGGGAGAAGAGAGGGGGAUCAGUGAGGGUGAGGGAAGGGAUGGUUGGAGCAGAGGAGAAGGCAGGAGAGGCUUGUGGGAGUGAUGCCAAGCUGAUGCAUCCACACAGAAAUAGCAAUACCCAGCAGCUGCAACGCGAGCAGCAGCAGCAGCAGCAGCAGCAGCAGGGUAACUGCCAUGAAUCGGCACAAGACUCACCUCCCCCUCCCCCUCCCCCUCCCCCUCCCCUUGGCGGCCAAUCGCUGCUGCUUCGGCUCAUCGAUGACUCACUCUUCAUCUCCACAUCGCAGCCCCAUGUCGCUGCUUUUGUGGCCGCCAUGCACACCGGCUUCCAGGAGUAUGGCUGCCGGGCCAACCAGAGCAAGACAGCUGUCAGCUUCCCACUGGUGCUGGGGAAGGGAAACAGGGAGACAGGUGGCAGUGUGGCCGGUGGGGAGAUGGAUGGGUGUGGACGGAAGGAAGGUGAGAGGGUGGCGAGGGAUGGAGGAAUGCGGGUGGAGGAAGGCAGUGCAGGCAUGGAGCAGCAGGGCGGGGAAGGAGCAGAGGCAAUGGACGUGGGGGGGGAGAAGAUGAUGGGGAAUGGAGAGGAGAGAGAGGCAGCGAAAUGCCAGGGCGGCGAGCGGACAUUUCAGGAGAGGGUGUAUGAGGAGGAGGUGGGGGAUGGUGGGGAGAUGGCGCAGGGCUGGGAGGCGAAGCGGCGGUUCAUGCGGUGGGCAGGGCUGCUGGUGAACUGCAGUACGCUGGAGGUGCAGGCAGACUACACCAGGUACUGGGGCACGGACAUGGCCACAGCAGUGACAGUAAGUUUCUGUGACCCCCCUGCAAUAGCGAUACCCACGAAGCUGCGGCAGUUCCUGCGCCCCAAGUGCAGUGCACUGCUGCUGGACACUGCAAUCAACAGCCCCCCCACGCUGCUCGUCAAUGCGUACCAGGCGCUGCGCCUCGCCGCCAUCAAGCUCACCGCCUACUGCCGUGCCCGCCGCCUCUCCCCCGCUGCUGCCUGCACGCCACGCUCUCGCUGCGUGCCUCGCACGACUCGUGAUCGUACCACGCACAGCAUGGGGAAGAGCAAGGCUGGGGAGGAGAAGCCAUGGAAGCGAACGAGGGGCGGAGCGUCUCUUUCUGUACGCGCUCCAUGUGUCUGCCAUGUUCAGGCCCAGUUCUUCACCCUUUUCUUUCCCAUCCCUUCCACUCUCUCGUUCUCCUCUCCCCCACUCCUCCCCCUCGCCCUUGCUGCCUGCAGCUACUAUGCAAGGCUCAUUCGAUCGCGGCUGGAAGCCGCAUCCAAGGAAGUGGGAGAACCCAUCCCAUGCAUAUUCACCGCUGACAUUGUCACCUUCUUGGGCCUCUCCGCGUUCACCACGGUUCUCAAUGCAAAGCGCGGUGUAUGGAAGGGCGUUGUUGUGAGGCUGCAAGAACGGCUGCGGUGCAGGGCGAUGGCAGCAGUUGGGGAUGACCCCGUGGUCAAGCAGGCCUUGCAUCCCAGCAGACACUCUGUCUUUGAACGAAUCCUCUUCUGA